UUGAUCACAAAAGCUUUUUAAUACAAUUUGGCGAUUUUUCAUUUAUUUUCAAGAUUUUCAAUCUUCAAUCUGAUUUUUGAUUAUAUCAUCUGGGUCAAUAGUUUUUGAAAGGAAGAAGAAAUCAUUUUUGUUGAUUGUAUUUUCGACUUUUUGAUUUACACGAAUGGCUGUCAAGAUCAAUGGAUUCAUUGAAGGGACACAACCCGAAGAACUAAUGAAGCUACUAGUAAGACUUGCUUCGAAUUGGGGAGAUGUUUUCGAUACUAACAAGUUGAACGUUGUUCAUUUAAGUGGUGCCAUGACUAAUGUGGUUUAUCGAAUCACUUGGCCAAAGAACACCAAUGAAAAUGAUGAUAGGACCGUGUUGGUUCGGAUAUAUGGUGAAGGGUCGGAUAUUUUCUUUGAUCGUGAAGAAGAAAUACGAGCCUUUGAGUCUAUAUCGACCCAUGGGCAUGGCCCGCGCCUUCUUGCUCAGUUUCCUCAAGGCCGAGUGGAGGAGUUCAUUCAUGCUAAGACACUAUCAGCUUGUGAUCUUCGUGAUCCUGAGAUAUCAACACUUAUUGCAGCUAAAAUGAGGGACUUUCAUAACCUUAAUAUGCCUGGCUCCAAGAGUGUUGUUCUAUGGCCAAGAAUGCGUAAGUGGGUGAUUAAGGCUAGAAGCUUGUGCUCCCCAGAACUAGCAAAAGAGUUUCAACUCGAAAUUCUAGAGAACGAAAUUGACACAUUGGAAAAGGAGUUGUCACAUGAUAACCAAGUUGUUGCUUUUUGUCACAAUGAUUUACAGUAUGGAAAUAUUAUGAUUGAUGAUGAAGCAAAAAUCAUUACCCUAAUUGAUUACGAGUAUGCAAGCUACAAUCCUAUCCCUUAUGAUCUUGCAAAUCACUUUUGUGAAUGGGCAGCAAAUUAUCACACUGAUACACCCCAUGUUUUAGAUUACAACAUAUAUCCAGAUUUGGAAGAACGAAGAAGAUUUGUGCAGGCAUAUCUUAGCUCCUCAGGAAAUCAACCGCGUGAUGAGGAAGUGGAUCUGCUUAUUGAUGACAUUGAAAAAUACACUCUAGCGAACCAUCUUUUUUGGGGAUUAUGGGGAAUAAUCUCGGGUUAUGUGACUCAUAUCGAUUUUGAUUACAUAGAUUACGCUAGGCAGAGGUUUAGGCAGUAUUGGUUGAGGAAGCCUGAACUCUUGAAAGGCAAAACGACAGUUUCUCAAAUAAAUGGCUUGGCACAUGAGGACUCCAACAAAGAGGAAGCAAAUGGUGUUGCCACAUGAAUCGUACUCGUUCUAGCUAUAACAGUUGUAUGUAUAAGAUUAAUAAUAUAGAAUGCAUCCGACAAGCUCCAGCAUUGUUGACCCGGCUAAAGGACUGCAUACGAUCACCAUGAUCGUGAACGAUAAACCUUAGAUCAUAAACUAAAGGCUUGUGUUACUAGUUUUGUAGAUAUUUCUUGUAAUGAACUCAUAAUGAUAAUGGAAAGGCGAAAAGAAUGUUUUUAAUCA